ACCCACAUUUAGUUUUGUUUUCUGUUUCAAAAUUGUUAAAAUUCCAAAUAGCAAUGGUGGAGCAACAGAAAAAGCGACUGGAGGAUGCAAUCAGCGGCAUGAUCGAGGACAUGUACCGCACCCACUUGCGCAGGAUGCAGUCCACGAUGCACCGCUGUGCCGCCCGUUGCUGCGAUGAUGAGCGAGGGACGCUGGAGAGCGUGCAGAACUGCAUCGAGAAGUGCGCCGGACCACUGAUGGAUGCACAGGACUAUCUGCAGCACGAGCUGGGCCAGUUUCAGAACCGCCUUCAGAAUUGCGUCAGGGACUGUAACAGCGAUGCCCGGGCCCGUCUGCCCAGCAAUCCGAAUGACCGGGACAUGUCCCGAUCCCAGCACAUGUUCGAGAGCUGCACGGGCGGCUGUGUGGAGAAGCAUAUAAACCUAAUUCCUGGGCUGCUCAAGUCGAUCAAGCAGACGCUGGACAGAGGUCCCCCCAAGAGAUCACGCAACAUGGACAUGGACGCCUAGCCAAGCCACGAAACCCCUUCCUUCCCAGGAUCGAUCCACAUUAAAUACUCCAGUCGAGAAGUUACGAAAUUGUAACCCGGGGAAGGCUUAUCGGAAGAGGGCUUAUCAGGGCCACGUGACCCGCGUCUGCCUGGUUGAACUCCGAGCUCCCGGAUCUUCUUUUGGGCCCUAGCUCAUUAAAUAUCUAGUAAUAAAGAUUCUUAGUAAUAUGCAA